GAAUGGCUCUUCUGGCUUGGGAAAGUGUCCACGGACUGGGGUGCUACAGACUACAGAAGAGCUUGGACAACCCUCCGGAUUCCCUGUACCCCCGGCGUGCGGUGAUAGCGCUCUGAGUGGAACGCAGAAUAAGCAACUCCCAGACUCAGCUCUGCAGUCAAACUGGCCCGAUGGCAUGCUGCAGCCAACCCCAGCUCAGCGUCUGGAUGAAGUAAAGACCUUGCUGGGGGAGCAGUUUUUUGUGCAGUGUACUCAGAGGUGCAUAGCGUAAUGUCCAUGCUGUACUACACUCUGAUCAUAGCUUUUUUGAUCGGCACACAGGCAGCUCCAAAGUCAGAGGACAAUGCUCCACUGGAGUAUCCUGCAGAACACUCCCUGCUCAAUACCCACCCGAGUGACAGACACCACAUUCCCGAGGCAGCUCCGCAGACAUCCCCUGGCCACUCUACUUGGACGAUGGGUAGAAGAGAAGCUAUAAAUAUCACCAUGGACCCAAAAGUGUUUAAGAGGCGGCGUUUCCGAUCUCCUCGGGUGCUGUUCAGCACACAGCCCCCGCCAGUGUCAGGGCAAGGACACAACAUGGCAUUUCUCAGCAGUGCAGCUUCUCUCAACAGGACUGCCAGGACCAAGAGGACCGCGCAUCCCGUGUUACACCGGGGAGAGUUCUCAGUGUGUGACAGUGUCAGCAUGUGGGUUGGGGACAAAACCACAGCCACUGACAUUAAAGGCAAAGAGGUGACAGUGUUGGGAGAGGUCAACAUUAACAACAACGUUUUUAAGCAGUACUUUUUCGAGACCAAGUGCAGGGACCCUAAGCCAGUGUCCAGUGGGUGCCGGGGGAUCGACGCGAAGCACUGGAACUCCUACUGCACCACCACACACACCUUUGUCAAAGCCCUGACCAUGGAGGGCAAACAAGCAGCCUGGAGAUUCAUUCGGAUCGACACAGCCUGUGUGUGUGUGCUCAGCAGGAAGUCAGGGAGACCCUGAGACGGAUCUGAACCCCACAACAACAUCCUCCUACCCCCCUACCUCAGUCUGUAAAUUAUUUUAAGUUAUAAAGGACUGCAUGGUAUAUUUAUA